AUGUCUGAUAUCCACCACAAUCCCGACCUUUCGGUCAUCAUCAUCGGGGGUGGUUUCUCGGGGCUCGUCAGCGCUUGUCAGCUCCAAAUCAAGUUCGGACUCCAGGACUACUGUAUCUACGAUCGUCAGGAUGGGCUGGGUGGAACCUGGAGAGCCAAUACAUACCCAGGUUGCGCCAUUGAUAUCCCGGGGACAGCUUACAGCCUGUCAUUUGCACCCAACCCCGGCUUUAGCGAGUGGUUCCCCUCCCAGAAGGAGAUUCUGGCCUACAUGGAAGACGUGGCGGCGAGAUUUGACGUCAAGCGGCGCUUUGUCGGACAGGUCGAGUGGCAGGGCGCGCGAUGGCAAGAAGCCAUGAAGGUGUGGGAAGUGCAGAUGAAGGACCUGCGGACUGGCGUGCAAUUCAAGCGGUCCUGUCGGGUUCUCCUCUCGGCCGUCGGGGCCUUGACCAACCCUCGCGAGCUCUCCGUGCCGGGCCUCAAGUGCUUUGCGGGAGACGUCAUGCACACGGCCAAGUGGGACAGCCGGGUCCAGUGGGAGGGGAAGAAUGUGGUCGUUAUCGGCAAUGGAGGCCCGGUCCAUCACACAGCUUAUGAGGCCACGUACUGGAACAUGCUGAUACACAAGUACGAAUUCGGCUGCAAGCUAGUGAGCUGCCUGCCUCAGGCCGCCGCCCAUCUCCGCCUCCGCCGCUCCCCCCCAAGAAGUCCGAACCCAAGUUCCAAACAGAAUCCCUCCUCCGUCAUACUCCCCAGCCAAAAGACCUGCCGCCACUGGGGCUUGGUCGCCAUGUCGGACGAUUCAAAUCCCAAACCAUCCCCUGGAAUAGCAGCGAAGCUGUCUGCAAUCCCCAAGAAGUCGCUCUUUGAACGCCAGAAAGCCGAAGCCGAAGCCAAACGUGCCCGAGAACAAGCCGAGACUGCCGCCGUUUACGAGGACUUUGUCAAAUCAUUCGAGGAUGACUCUCACGCCGACCGACAUGGUGUUGACGGAAGGCUCAGCAGGCUUCCCCCUUCCAGGAACCAGCCUUUGGGGGGUCCUGGCAAACGGCAUUUCACAAGCUCUGGCCCGCGCAUGAGCGGCCCUGGCACGCUGGGACCCCCGUCAUCGCUUUCUCGGAAACGCACCCACGAAGGAUUCCAGCAACUGCACCGGCCCCGGGAUACCGCGCAAGGGAAGACGGGAUUUGAGAAUAUUGCGCCCGCUUCGUCGGCCGCCGCAUCGGCUUUCCGAGCUUCGGACGACGAGGGCGAGGCGACUAGCGAUGCGAAAGAGGCCGAAAGAGCUGCGGCUAAACCUACAUUGUACCUGGCGUCUCUGCCCCCCGGGACCUCCCCCUCCGUGCUCAAGUCGUUGAUCCCGUCGGUGUUGAGCGUCGAUAAUGUCAGGGUCCUUCGUCCUCCGGGUCAAUCUAUAAGCGACCGAAAAUCAGUGGCUGCCAUUGUGACGUUAGCAAACGAAUCAGCCGCUUCGGACAUUGAUAGCGCCGUCAGCGCUCUCCAGAAUAGAUAUCUAGGAUGGGGCUACUACCUUACUAUCUCGAGACACCUUUCUUCCGCCGCUAUGAGUUCGGCGAUGCCGGUAACUAUCGGCCUGUCUACGACCAGCUCCCUGCCCUUCGGCGCCAAGCCUAUUGCAUCAGAUAUUCCCGGACGUUUGAAUCGAGCCCCACCCCCGGGGAUGCACCGUGGAGGAUUCGCGCCCCCGACAUCGUAUGGGCCAGCAUACGGGAGGACCGGGCCUUCCACGCAGGUCGAGGUGAAGGCGCCGUCGGACUUGAAGCAGCUGAAGCUCAUACAUAUGACAUUGGAAAAUCUCUUGCACCACGGCCCAGAAUUUGAGGCGCUACUCAUGAGUAGACCGGAGGUCCAAAGAGAAGAAAAAUGGGCAUGGAUAUGGAAUGCAAGAAGUUCUAGUGGGGUGUAUUACAGGUGGAAACUAUGGGAAAUCUUGACCAACAAUCGUCCUGUGGCAGCUCGACGAGGGGCCCCUCAGAGCUUGUCGGUCCUUUUCGAGGGUGGUGCGAACUGGGUGCCCCCUGAAGCGCACAUCAAGUUUGAAUACACUACCCGCAUGGAUGAAUUUGUAACGGACCAAGACUACGACUCCUCUGACGAAGAGAUGUCCGACUAUGAGGAUGAAAGGCGACACGCGGGUGGAGCGCCGCCAGCCGAUGGGCUAGGCGCCAAUAACGAAGGCCUGGGCUACAUGAAUCCUUUGCAGAAAGCCAAGUUGACACACCUGCUUGCGCGACUUCCAACUACACAUGCCAAGUUACGGAAAGGCGACGUCGCGCGGAUCACUGCUUUCGCGAUCGAGCACGCGGGUGCAGGGGCCGAGGAAACCGUGGAAAUGAUUGUGUCGAACAUCCUCAACCCAUAUGCCUACACCGGGGCCAAUCCUGACCGCGAUGCGGUAAGAGGACUUACAAGCCGCGAGCAAACAGGAGACCUCGCCAAUGACGCCACUGAGUUGUCGAAAGAAAGUUUAGAUACGUCCUCCGCCAAGUUGGUUGGACUUUACCUGAUAUCUGACAUUCUCUCCUCAUCUGCUACGAGCGGCGUGCGCCAUGCGUGGCGUUACCGGCAACUGUUCGAAUCCUCCUUGAAGAUGAACCAAGUGUUCGAGCAUCUCGGGAGGCUCGAAAAAACCUUGGGGUGGGGACGGCUCAAGGCAGAGAAAUGGAAACGCAGCGUUGGCACCCUUCUGCACCUGUGGGAGGGCUGGUGCGUGUUCCCGCAGUCAAGCCAGGAACACUUCUUCCAGAUCUUCGAGAAGCCACCGCUCACGGAAGAAGAGCUACAGGAGGAGAGGGAGAAGGCCGAGGCCGAGCGAGCCGCCAGUGCGUUCUCCAAGAACAAAAGCCGGUGGAAGACGGUCGACGAAGAUGAAAAUGCUGGAAAGUUCGAUCCCAGUCGAGCCCCGGAAACAGAUCCGAAUCGGAUGGACAUUGACCAAGAGCCUGUUGCCCCUCUCGCCCCCGGGGAGGCUUGGAAUUUCGAUGGGGACUUCAUGGACAAUAUCGACGGGGAAUCGAUGGAGGACAGUAGUGACUUGGAAGAACCGGACGACGAUCUGCUGGAUGAGGAGCCCUUCGAGGAAGAAGGCGACCCGAAAGAGCAGCCUGAGAAACCCACCGAGCCCUCCGUUCAGCCGGAGUCCCAAGCGUCAGCGCGCAAACCACGACCCAAGGCAGAAGACAUGUUUGCUGACUCCGACCCCGAGUGA